CGCCGCGCACUGGGAGAAAGCCGGGGCUUUAGGGAGUCUGGUCCCGGCUGCGGCGAGUGUCGGGGUGUUGGCGUGUAAACGCCGCUAGCUUCUCUGUUAGCCUUUGAUCCGGAUUAAACGCGCUGUUAAUGCAAGUGGAAGCCGUUGGGUCCAGUUCUGCCGUGCUCCUUCCUUAUUUUCUGCUGACGUGUGGACUAGCAAGCUGCUCUUAAACCAGCCAUUUGUUUAGUCACAAUGAGACGAAGCUCAAGUAUUGCUGGCAGUGCUGGUCGGCAGUCUAUGAUGGCACUGCGAGUGCAGGACAGCAACAAGAUGGGUCUUCAAACACCUCAGAUGAAGGACAGAGGUAUGUUUGGGAAGCUGAGCAUGAGCAAACCUACACCUGGGACUUCGGAAAGGAAAGUCAGCUUUUUUGGCAAGAGAACUAGUGGGGUUGGAGGCUCACGCAACAGUCAGUAUGGUGUGUUUGGUACAGAAAAGAUCAAGGAUCCCAGGCCACUUCAUGACAAGGCAUUCAUCCAACAAUGUAUCAAGCAGCUUUGUGAGUUUCUUGCUGAAAAUGGUUAUGCCCAUAAUGUUUCCAUGAAAUCGUUACAGUCUCCAUCAGUUAAGGACUUUUUAAAAAUCUUCACUUUUAUCUAUGGAUUUCUUUGCCCUUCUUAUGAAUUGCCUGACUCCAAAUUUGAAGAGGAGGUUCCCAAAGUUUUUAAAGAGCUUGGGUACCCCUUUGCUUUGUCAAAAAGCUCCAUGUACACAGUGGGAGCACCACACACUUGGCCUCAGAUUGUGGCAGCUUUGGUGUGGUUAAUUGAUUGUGUCAAGCUGUAUGCUGCUGUGAGGGAAAAUGCGCCAUCAUUUGAUGACGGACAGAACAGGGGAGGAGAGACAGAUGAUGGAAUUGUACAUAGUAAGGUUUUCAUGGAUUAUUGUGUGAAGUGCUACGAGCAAUUCAUGAAGGGGGGAGAUACUUUUGAAGAAUUGGAUGCAGAAGUGCAGUCAAAAUUAAAGGAUCUAUUUAAUAUAGAUGAAUUCCAGAUAGAAAGUUUAGCAGCUGACAACAAAAGGCUUCAUGAAGAGAUUGCAAGACUAGAAAAAGAGAAGGAAAAUGAGCCGGAUCGUAGAGUAUCACUACGAAAUGUGAAAGCAUCUCUUCAAUCAGAUGUCCAGAAAUACCAGGCUUACUUAGCUAAUCUGGAAUCUCAUAUAGCCAUCCUUGAUCAAAAAAAGGAAGGUGUGAAUGAGGAAGUUGAGACAGCAGAAAUGGAAUUAGAAGCAAUGAAGCAGGAGAAUGCCCGGCUCCAGCACAUCUUUGAUAACCAAAAGUACUCAGUUGCGGACAUUGAGAGAAUAAAUCAUGAGAGAAAUGAGUUGCAGCAAACCAUUAACAAGCUGACUAAGGAAGUAGAGGCAGAAGAACAUCAGCUGUGGAAUGAAGAGCUGAAAUACGCUAGGAGUAAAGAGGCGAUCGAAAUGCAACUGGCAGAGUACCAUAAACUGGCUCGAAAGCUGAAAUUAAUUCCAGUAAGUGCUGAGAAUUCCAAAGGCCAUGACUUUGAGAUUCAGUUUAAUCCUGAUGCAGGACCAAGUUGCCUAGUCAAAUACAGAACUCAGAUCAAGGGUCCCCUUAUGGAGAUCAUAAACCAGACUGAGGAAGAAAUUAGGAAAGCUACUCAGCAGAAAAUGGCUUUGGAAGAUACUUUGGAACAGAUGAACGUAAUGGUAGCAGACAAGAAAAGCAGUGUGAAAAUGCUAAAAGAAGAAGCUGAAAAGCUGGAUGAUCUUUAUCGUCAGAAGCUUAAGGAGGCAGAAGAGGAAGAGCAAAAAUGUGCAAGUGAACUGGAAUUGUUAGAGAAGCAUAAGCAAUUACUUGAGAGCGGUGUCAAUGAAGGUCUCAGUGAAGCCACAGAUGAAUUGCAUGAUCUGCAACGAAAGUAUCAAGUUGUUCUGCAAACAAAAACAGAAGAGAGAAGGAAAGCUGGUGAUAACUUGCAUCGUCUUUUGGAAAUCAUUGCUAGUCAUGUACUAUCUACAGAGAAAUAUCUUGAGGAACAGAAUGUGAAAAUUGAGAAAGACCAUAAGGAAUUCAUGUCUGAAGAUCUGUUGUCAACCUUGACAGGAAUUCUAGACAGUUAUAAAAAGAAGGCUGAAAGCCUGUAAUUGCCAAGAAGGUGAAGAUGAAACUUUCUGAAGCUCUGGUAUGGUGCCUUCUGAAAGAAUGAGUCUUUCUUGUGUUCAGCAGCAGAACUGGUUUUAAGCGUAAAGAAAUGUUUUUAUGAAUUUCCUUUGUUAUAUGGGCAAAAAUACGUUAAAAAAAUUAACGAGUACAUUUACAUUUUCUUAGAAAAGGCUUUGCUUACACUUCCUCCUUGCUAUGUAUUAAACAUGAUUACAAACAUCUGUUACAAG